AUUUGAAGAUAUUAUGAGAAAAAGUACAAGGAUAUAUAUUUCUAAGUCAAAUAUCACCAUUAGCUUAUAGUGAUUAUAUUAAUUUCUAUAGGCUUUUCGUCAACAUAAAUAUUAAUGACAGCAAAGAAAUCAAAUAUGAAGGCUGCUGAUUAAUUGGAAAAUGCUAUGGAUACUAAGAGAUUAAAAAUUAUCAUCGAUGAUCAGUAUCAAUAUUAUAUCAUCAUCAUCGAUCAAUUAAACAAAUUCGAGAGUACGAUUUCAUCAUCUUAUAUAAAAUUCUAUGACUGGUAAUCAUGAAUUAUAUAAUCUAUAAUUCAAGAAAAAUUAAUAAAGAAAGCCAAACUUAAAGUUCACCC